AUGAGUCGUAGGUAUUUGAAUCUGAUAGUGCACGACUUCAAUAGUCGCAUCUAUUCGCUGUGCCGCAUCGAUGUCCGCAAGCACCUCUUCUACGAAGACUCUGAAAUGGCACAACGAGCAGCACACCCCGCAGGAGAGAAGUUGAAGAACAUUCGUGGAGUGUUGGCAGCGAUGGGCGGCUGGAAAAGAUUACCUCCGCCGGCAAUAAAUUUCCAGGCAUCGCCCAGUAUCGUAAACAAGACUUCGGUGCAUUUGUUCGCUUUACUGGGAGGGGAGAGCAACAUCCUUUACUCUGACAAUAAUUGUCAGACCACACUCUGCAACAUUGACUUGAAAAUCGUCGAUCCCUUCGCUCCUCCCAAUUCAUGCAAGAGUGCAAAUGCCAUCAGUCUCCCCAUAACCCAGGCCCAUCUUGAACCUCCCUCAUUGUACGUCUUGGAUCUCCCCUCCACUCCCAGAACCGCUUGCUCCUUUGAGGUCCUCUCGCUCCGCGAGAACAAACCGGCUCUUCCUAGGGAAUGGAGCUGGGAAAUUCUGCCGCUGCCACCAUUUUUCUGCAAUCGAAAAAUAGCCCCCGACUUGUAUUCUUAUGCUGUGGUUAAUGGUUCUACCAUAUGCAUUUCAUCUCUGAAUCAGACUAUAGGCACCUACACCUUUGACACAGUGAGCAAGGAAUGGAGCCAAGCUGCGCGCUGGGCACUGCCCUUCUUUGGCAAAGCUGAGUUUGUCCCUGAGCUCAACCUCUGGUUUGGCCUCUCAGCCUGCAACCCCUUCUCCAGCUUAUGUGCUGUCGAUCUCUCUGGAGUAGACUCUGGGCAGUCAGCAAAGUUGCAGCAUACAUGGGAUUAUCUUGAUCUGCCUGAGGACGAGCCGUGGUUGCCAUCCCAGCUGCACCUGUUCAACCUUGGCUUAGGCAAGUUUUGUGUUGCCACCUUCUUCGGGACCGAGUUGCGCACCUGUGAUAUGUCACCCUAUUCUACAGAUUCAGAUUAUGAGGACACAUAUGGAAGGGAGUUUGCUGUCUUCACCGGCCUGGAGGUGAAGCGCAGAAACGAUGGUGAGGGUCCUCUCCAGUUGAUCAGGCACAUGUCCAAACGUUUCAGCAUUGGAAGCCGUAACAUCGAGUGUGUGCUCUAA